AUGGAACCACCAAGCAGCAAGGGCGUACAAUGCGUCCCCAAAGACACGCCCCUCCUCGAGAUCCUCGCCCACAUGAAGCGCGACGGCGGGGUGAUCAUCAAGGACCUGAUCGCCGAAGAAGACAUCGACCGCACCUACGAGGAAGUCAAAGAACGGCUCGCCCAAGACCCGGAGUGGGAUGGGGUGUUCUUCCCAAAGGAAACGAAGCGCGCCAACUCCAUGAUCGCCAUCAGCCCGACCUACACCAAGACCCAGCUCAUGAACCCCAUCUACCAAGCCAUCUGCACCCACUUCCUGACGACCCGCCACUGGUUCUGGUGGGGCGAGCAGCGCAAGGAGUCCAUCUCCAAGCCCUAUGUCUCCACCUGCACGGCCAUGGAGAUCGGGCCCGGGGCCCAAGCCCAGCCGCUGCACCGGGACUCCUUCGUCAACCACACGUGGCUCCCCGAGAUCGCGGAGUGGGACGACGAGCGCGACCGCCACCGCGAGACGGAGAUCGGGAUGAUGGUGGCCGGGUGCAGGGUGACCAGGGAGAACGGCGGGACGGCGUUCAUCCCGGGGAGUCAUUUGUGGGCCACCGACCGCCCAACCCCGCCGCUCGUCCGCGACACCGUCUCCGUCGAGAUGGACAAGGGCGACGCCUUCGUCCAAUUCGCCUCCACCUACCACGGUGGCGGCUGCAACACCACCGCCGACCAGAAACGCCUGUGCUAUGCCACCUUCAUGGUGCGCGGGUAUCUGCGCCAGGAGGAGAACCAGUUCCUGGCCGUGCCGAGGGAAGUCGCCCGCCGGUACGACCGCCCCGUCCAGGAGAUCAUCGGGUACUCCCUGAGUGACCCGGCGUGUGGGCAUGUGGAGCAGCUGGAUCCGAUCUAUGUGCUGCGGCCGGAGUUGUUGGGGGAGGGGAGGCCGAGGGAUUGGUGA